AUGAAAUACACCGUCCUCCUUCUUGGCGCUGGGACUAUUGUCUCCGGCUUGCCCCAGGUCUCAUCUCUUCCAAAGCUUCCCUUCAAGCCCGCUCCAGAGGGUUCAGGCUCCGAAUGCCCGUAUCGCAAUGGCGGGUACGACGAAGACGAAUGCGGCACCAAGAGAUACUGCAAUGCCAUUGGAGCUUUCGGUAAAAACGCGACCAUUUUCAAGACCAAGCCCGUCUGGGACACCAUCGAGGCCUGCACCGCCGCGCACGAGCCGGAGCCCGAGCAGGAGCUCCUCCCCUUUGACUUUGGCCACUCCGUAGAUGCCGACUGCGCUAAUCGCGGCUUGACUGAGAGCGGUUGCGGCACCAAGUUCUACUGCGAGCAAAUUGAUGAAAUUGUCGAGUUCGAAAAGUCAAGAGGCAAAGAUCUGCUUGGCGAAGAUAAUGAGCAGACAGAGGACACCCGUUUCAAGAGCACUGAUGAGUGCUUCAAGGCUCACGUCCCCGAGCCCAAGGACCUGCCCUUCUUGGAGGCCGACGAGAACAACUUCUGUGGCUCCCGUGGAGAUGAAUCCGAAGAGACAUGCGGCACCAGCGCUUUCUGCGACUUGUUCGUUGGAGAGAAACGCCAGGCGUUAGGUUCGCCCUACAUCUGGAGCCGACAGGAUUGCUUGAAUGCUCACCAGAAAAAUCCCGCCGCCCCCGCGCCGACUUCUGUUUCCAACCGUCUCCCGGAGAACCGGUCUUAG